AUGACCCAGAUACUCACGGGACACGGCGUGUUCGGGGAGUACCUGAAGAAAAUCGGACGGGAGACGACGGACACCUGUCACCACUGCGGGGAAGACAGGGACACGACGCAGCAUACGCUGGAGACCUGCCCGGCAUGGGAGCUGCCCCGCUACACCCUGCGGCAAGUCAUAGACGAGAGGCUGACCCCCUCAGCGAUCAUAGCAGCGAUGCUGAGCGGGCCACAGGAAUAUGAAGCUGUCCGCCUCUUCUGCGAGCGAGUUAUGCUCGCAAAGGAGCGAGCUGAAAGAACCUCCAGACUCUUCAUGAGUCCCCUGACGUCGCGAAGACCUGAUGACAGACCUCUACCUUCGUCAGCGGAAGACCCUUCCCAGUCGUGUGACGAUCGUCAGUGCGAGCCUGGGGAGGCACCACACGCCGAACCUACGAGGCUUGGGGGCUCCGAGACCCCAUGA